AUAGUGACGUAUGAGGUGUUUGUUAUAGGUGAGAGGGCGAGUGUGUGUCAGACGAAACUGCUCAAUUUUAUACUCUACUCUAAUGGCUUUGAAUUGACACUACCUUGUAAAGACACUCUCACGGAGGAAGUGAUGUAUUAUUCUGGUAAAAGGCGAGGAGAAGAUGGAAUUGCUGCUGUCAUUGACUUCUUGUUGUCCAACGCCCGGCUGGUGCUGGGGGUCGGCGGAGCUGCGGUGCUAGGCAUUGCCACGUUAGCUGUGAAACGGCUGAUAGAACGUGCUGGAAGGCCUCCUGAUGACAAGCCUGACAAGAAGAUGACGGACAGCUGGGAGGAGUUAAGCUUGGUCAGUGCCUCCCCCAAACUACUGCACAAAGGUAUAGAAGGGGUGGUCAUGAAACAGAUUGCUGCUGCAACCAAGAAAGCGGAGCUGUCCCAACCCAUCCCCCUGCCCUCACCUGAGCCCCAGCGCUGUGACACUGAACCACCUCAGCGACGCAAACGCAUGGAUCUUUGUGUGAUGACGUUUGCGGAGCGUCUGCAGCAGUACUACAGAACGCGAGUGUGUCUGUCGGCAGAGGAGGUGGCUGUCGCACAGCAUCGAGCGUUAGAUAUAGCCACAGAGAUCCAGGCCUUCCUGCACUCCAAACACCCAGACAUGCCACUGGGAGACAUGACGCUGGCGGGGUCACUGCUCGACGACCUGCAAGUGGUUAAAGCAGACCACACCUGUCUAAUCGUGCCCCUACAGCUGGAGUCCAGUCUGUGGACACCUAUUGCCGGAGAGGACACAUUUUUGGGUCACCCCCAGUAUUGCAUGGUUCGGCGUGAAAACCUUGAGUACUUCCCGAGAGGGCGGAGCUACUGGGACAGACAUUUGCUGGGUGGAUACCUGUCAUCGAGGCUUGUUUCUGAGCAGCUAGGCAAGACGGUGAUGGAAUCGAUGAACUGGCCAUCGCUGACCGGAACCCUGGAGUGUGAGGUGCGACCGGUGCUUGGGUCUCCAGAGCUCAAACUGGAGAUUCAAGGGUUAACCCAAAGCAGUUAUGACAGUGGAGAACGCUUCUAUAUAACGGUGUUGCCAACAGUGCGCCUUGGCGAGAUGACGCUUACGGCGCAACGAGAGAUCACCGGGUCAUUCGACUACGUCUGGUAUCAGAGCCUAUACACCAGCGAAACGGCUCGACUUGCAGCGCUUGACAAAGCAGACUCGGGGGUCAGAAGGAAGUGCCUAAAAACGUUAAAGGCUGUGUGCCGCAACUGCCCUUCGCUACGCAAGCUCAACGGCAGCCAUCUCAGCAAUGUCGUUUUACACAUGAGUGGAAAAGAAACCGAUUGGUCGGAAUCAGCGUUUGCUGAUAGGUUCCUGCAGGCGAUCACAGAGCUAAUCGGAUAUCUGGAAACGGGAGUCUUGCCUAGUUACUUCAAACCUAAUGUGAAUCUGUUUCAGGGCUUUACUGAAGACGAUAUUGACGAGAUGGGUUUCAUGCUGUACUGUGCUGUAACUGAACCUGAGAUCCUACUGAUCUGAUUCACUCACUCUCUUACCCCUCCUAUACACACACAGCAAUACAUUUAUCAAAACAACUGGCAUUAAUGCACCUUCAAUCAAUGAAUGUAAGAUUGCAUAUCUUUUUAUAUAAGGUGUGUAUUUCCAUUUACCUACUCCUUUUAUUGGGGAUUUUGAAGCUUCAUAACUAUGCAGCACUUAUAGCCAGAAAUUUAGCUAAGAUGUAGAUUUUAAAGAAGCGAGAGAAAGAUUUCAUGGUUUAGAUGUAUUUUCUUUUGUUUCACCAUGAGUACAUGUUCUACUAUUUUGCUUUUUGGAGCAGUGACCGUAAUCUUAGCCAAUGUACUGAGCAAAUAAUUAGUAUUAAGACAAUAAAGCAGUAAUGCAUUGAAUUUGUUGAAAAUAUUUUUCUAUACAUUUCUGUCAGUUGUUCUUGCGUGCAAUGUAGUAAAAUUACUGUGUGCCAAUUAAACUAAAAAUGAUUCUUUAGUACUUCUUAAGAUAAACUUAAGGUCACUGAAGUGUACUCAACUGCGCUAUUCUGAGACACCAUGAAUAUGAACUAAAAUGCACUUUUAACAUAACAUAUUUAUUUUUAAAAAUGUAUUUAGUUACCACUUGUAGCACACUUGAAACCAACUUUCAUACAAGAGCACACUCAAGUCUGCUACAAGUGGUAACUAAAUACAUUUUUAAAAAUAAAUAUGUUAUGUUAAAAGUGCAUUUUAGUUCAUAUUCAUGGUGUCUCAGAAUAGCGCAGUUGAGUACACUUCAGUGACCUUAAGUUUAUCUUAAUAUACUAAAAAUGAUUCAUAAGUACAGAAUUAGUGUGUGAAAGUAGAACACUUCAAAGUACAUUACAUUCUAAGUGUUGUUUGUCCACAUUCUAGCCUUUGGUCAAUACCAGCUUUAAUGGCUAAGAAAAGACAUCAAUAAUCAAACAAAAAGUUAAUCUGUAAAGCAGGUUUCCCUUUAUGCAUCUUAAAACUUGCCAACAAAUAAAUAAAAUAAAAAAAUAAAUAGCAGAAUCAAUAGAAAUACUGGUAGGAGCAAAUUUCACACCAAUCCUACACAGCUGAUAAGAGUCACAUGAGUCAAUGAAUUUGAAUUCUUGUUUGCUUUUGGGAUGCCUGUCUAAAUAAACACCGUUCACAGUU